AUGACGAGUAUGGGACCGUCUUUUGCAGGCCAUCCUGCCGGUAUGCAACAGCAUCCAGGUGUACCCGGGCACCCCAUGGCCCAGGGUAUGCCUCACAACCCAGGGCAGCAAGGCCCGGGCGGAGGAAUGCCUCACCAGAUGCACAUGGCAGUAUCAGGGCCUGGUGGUCAGGUUAAUCCAAAUCAGUUGAUGGGCGGCAUGCCGCCGGGUGCUGGAGGUCCGAACGCUCACGCUCUGCAGCAUCUCAAUCCUGCCCAAAACCAAAUGUUCCAGCAAAAUCAGUUUGGUAAUUUCCAAACUCCAGCGGCGAUGGCGCAUGCCACCCAGAUGGCGCAGCAGCGCUUGUUCCAGCAGCAGCAACAGGCGCGACAAGCACUCAUGGCCCAACAGGCCUUCAACGCGAAUAUGGCGGGCGUCAAUGGUAUGCCGAUGGGAAUGCCAAUGAACCCGAUGAACGCAGCUCAGAUCGCGGCCAUGAGGCAGGGCAUGCGGCCGCAGCAGCAUAACCCCCAGGCACAGGCGAUGCUCGCUCAGCAGAUCGCUCUCCAGCAGCAAGCCGUCGCUCAACAGAAUCAACAGAUGCAACAGGGCCAACAACAGCCUGGCCAGCCGGUGCAGAUGAACCCUCAGCACAUGCAAAGCCUUCAGCAGGCCCAGAUGGCAAUGCAACAGCAACAGGCCCAGCAGCAACAGGCUCAACAGCAGGCUCAGCAACAGCAGGCCCAGCAACAGGCUCAACAACAGGCCCAGCAGCAAGCGCAACAGCAGCAGCAACAGGGCCAGCAACCCCAAGGCGGACCGCAGCAGCCUCAACCGCAACCCCAGCAGACACCGCAUCAGACACCACAGCAGCAACCCGCACAACCCGUCAACCCUCAAUCUGCGGGACAGCCCACGCCGUCUCAGACUCCGGGUCCGGCCCCGAACCAACAACCGCAGCCUCCUCAGCCUCAAGCCCAACCGCAGGGUCCUCCUCAAAUGGCUCCCCAACCUGGACCGCAACAAAUGAACCCCGCGCAGCAGGCUGCGGCUCAGGCUGCCGUCGCCAACAGCAUGGCUAUUGCUCAACAACAAAGAAGGGAAGGAAUGAAGGGACACUGCCUACUGAAGUUGAUGCAGUUUAGCGAACAUUUGAGCGGCUUUCCCGGCCCCAAGGGCAAAGACGACCUGUCCUACUGGAACAGCUUCGUCAAUCAAUUCUUCUCCACGAAGGGCGUAUUCCGACACUCGGUACACAUCACCGACGUCGAAGACCAAGCAGACAAGCAAUACGAGAUAACCUACCCCGCACUUCCUCGAUACUUCCACACGCACUUUGACAGCGGUGUCAAGAACAUGCAGUUGAUCAUGGAAAAGGGGACGACGGACCGACCGCUUCCCGGCGAUGGCCACUGGAUUGAGAACACAAAGUCCAGUUUGGUCUACUGGUACGAUAGCGGUUCGCACCUUGUCGCUACGGGCACCGUCAGAGCCCACUUUGAUGCAGAGCAAAAAAUUGAACUCUUCGAGUUUUUGACAACCAACCACGAAGAAUACAUUUCUAGAAAGGCCGCUAUCGAAGCUGCGAAGCCUGUGCACAACUGGGUGAAGGAGUGGCACAAGGUUAACUCCCCUGACACCAAGACCUCCCCAGAAAUGAGCAAGAAGGGCAAGGCUCGCCUUAUGAAGUCCCCGCAAAAUCCUCCGCCAGAAGCAUUGGUGGACCUUCCGGAGUCGGCGGUCAAGAGGGGCAUGGGGGUUACUGAAGCUGUGUUCCAGUUCCUCGAGCUCGCCCGCGCAUGCAUGUGGAUCUCCGGCACUAAAGAUGACAUGCAGAUUGCUGAAGUGAUCGGCCAAAUGAACCCCCUUUUCGCCUUCUACCACAACCACCCUAACCUUGGCCCGUACGCUGCUCUUGAGCAGUAUGUCGGCCAGAUCAACGCCCAGCCACAGGUCAUGAACGGUCAGCCGAUGCCCCAAGCUCCCAGGACACCCAGCUUCGGCCAGUUCCCGAUGGGUGCGAGCCCGGCUCAGCCGCAUAUGCAGCUUCCUGGCUCGCCUCACGUCACUGGAAGCCCUGCGCAAGGCCACAUGCAGGCACCCGGCAUGCAAAUGCAACAGAGCCAGCAAGGCACCAGCUCCAGCGGACCUAGUGCAAACACGUCUCCAGCUUCCAACAAGCGAAGACGCCCAUCCGGUGUGAAGAUGGAGGAGGACGGCUCCCAGGCACCUACCCCGGGUGGUCCUCAGGUCAACGGAGUUCAGAACAAGGGCAAGCCCCCUACGCCGCGGAUGGCAAAGAGAAUGAAGGGCAACCCGGCGUAA